GCAGGAACCAAGCCCCAACAGGGACCUAAGACACCUCGGAUCCCGCGCAGGCGACGCACGACCAUGGCCGCUACCGCUGACGUCAAUUCACAAACCAGCCCCAAGAGGCCGGUUACCCCUCCUGUCCUAGUUCAGCAGGCUGAGGAACCGCUACUAGCGUUUCUCAAACGUCCCCAGCUCUACUCGGAGACCACGGCAGCUGAACUCAGCAAAAGGGAAGAGGAGGAAGGCGCCCGCCAGCAGGAAAUUCAACGCCAGCUGGCAGAGGCAGAGGCAGCGCGUCAGCAGGCCGCAGCAGAAGCUGCAGCAGCCACACGGUUGCAACGCAGCAGGCCGAGGCAAGUCAAAACCAAGCUCGUUACCAAGCCACGAUGGACCUUGCACGAGACGAAGCCAGGUACGGCAGGCUACUUCGACGACAGCCAAGCAACCGAAGAAUGGGAAGAGCCGGCCGAGGAAGAAAGCGACAAGGAAGUUACAACAAUAUUGAUGGAAAACCUGCUAUACACAUGCAACUGGCAGCAACGCGAACUACUGCCCAUGCUGCAGAUCUUCAUCCGCUACGAAACAACGUUUCGAACGCAGGAACAGAAGAUCACCGCCUUGCAGAACGCGAACCGCCAGCAGCAGGCCAUCAACGACCAACUACAGACCGAUAACAGCACAGGGUUGGCACGAUUGUCUGCAGUUGAGUCAUGGGGCCGUGCAGUAGCAGACUGCAGCCCAGCUUUGGCCACGCAGGCCAAGCAACUCGAAGAGCGGAUCAACCACGUGGUCGCAUCCCUCGGCGACAUCAGCAAGUUUGCUGGAGCAUCGACAGUCAGCAAUCAGUUUCAGAUGCUCAGCGACCGCGUUCAGCAACGACCGGCCGCUGUCGCCAAGGAAUGGAAGAUGCCAAACUUCAAGAUCGAGAAGUUUGACGACUACCACAAGACCGAUCCAUUGCAAUGGUGGAUGGCGUUCAACGCGGAGGCGGAUGUACAUCACACCCCCGCACUACGGCGGCUUGAUGCACUCUACCUCCAACUCAUCGGAGGGGCGCAGGCUUUCAUGACCCACAUGGCCGUGACGUUGGAGUGCACCAUCGCCACCCUCCACACUAAGAUUACGUGGGAGGAAUUCGAGAAGAAAUGGAAGACCCGGUUCAUGGUCAGCAACGACAAACGUCACGCCUUGAACAAGAUCUUUUGCAUGUUUCAAGGCCAGCAACCUUCACGGGAGUGGUUGACAGAGUGGCAGAAACUUGUCGCCACCCCGGAGUUGAACUUACCGUUCGAUGCAAUCUGGGCCGAAUUUUUCGCUCGGUCACGCGACGCUUUGACAGCUGCGCUGGGCAGUGAAUUCCAGUAUGAGACCUUUGAUGACAUGAUCUCAAAGGUACAAGAACUAAUCCAAGUACCACCUCCGUCGACGGACGGCGGAGUAGCGGUUGUUGACCUUCAUAACUAUCUUGCAAAGAUCGACCGCGAGUACGCAACGCAACGGUACGUCGACAUCGACGCACCGCUCCUCUACAUCAGCAUUCAGAUCGGAAAGGCGACCUGCAGUGCCUUGAUCGAUUGUGGAGCGACUCGCAACUACAUCAGCCAAGACUUCAUGACACACGUCGGGCUUGGCCCGUGCGUUCGAAAGAAAAGUCAGCCUACGCACGUCACGUUGGCCGAUGGUCACACGCAAAAGUCAAUCGACCGAUGCGUUGACUCGGUGCCCGUGUACUUUGCCCCACUAGGAUGCGAGGCCGUGGCUUUCGACAUAUUGGACACCAAGUUUGAUAUGAUCCUCGGCAUGUCGUGGCUGCAAUGCGAAGACCAUCCGCGACUAGGCGGCACCAAGUACUUCUCGAAGCUUGACCUCAAGCCCGGAUAUCACCAGAUCGAGAUCCAGCCAAGAGAUCGGUACAAAACCGCAUUCAAGACGCGGUAUGGGCACUUUGAGUGGAUCGUCAUGCCUUUCGGUCUCACCAAUGCCCCGACUACUUUCCAAGCGACUAUGACGACGGAAUUCCGCGACCUGCUCGACCGUGCUGUACUUAUUUACCUUGAUGAUAUCUUGGUUUAUAGUCGGACGCUGUACGAGCACCUCGAGCACCUUCGUGCCGUUUUGGAGCGGCUCCGUAUCGCCAAGUACAAGGCAAAUCGUGACAAGUGCGAGUUUGUCCAGCAAGAGUUGGAGUACUUGGGUCAUUACGUUACGUCGCAAGGCAUUCGUACGCUCGCGGACAAAGUACAAGCCAUUCAAGAUUGGUCGGACCUCAAGUGUACUACCGACGUCCGCUCCUUUCUCGACUUAGCAUCGUAUUGCAUGCGCUUCAUCAAAGGAUUUCAGCGGAUCGUUGCACAAUUGUUGCGACUUCAGUCCCCCUUGGUGCCCUUCGAGUUCAACGACGAAGCCCGGCACGCGUUCCAUAUGUUGAAGACGACUUUGCUCCAAGCUCCCGUCUUAAGCAUCUAUGGCCCAACCUUGCCUACCAAAGUGACUACAGACGCUUCCGGCUACGACAUUGGUGUGGUUUUGGAACAGCAUGACGACACAGACUAGCAUCCGGUUGAGUACUUCAGCCAAAAGGUGCCGCCCAUCAACACUCUUGAUGCGAGGAAGAAGGAACUGCUAGCUUUUAUCA